GGUCCUUUAUCAAAAAUCUGACGGAGGCCGCCCUGCAUAAAAUUCGCGUUCCCAAAUUCCGCCUCUCUAAGAACUUUCUAAAACAGGGGGGCCGCUCUCGCCGUCGCCGUAGAAGAAUUGGUCUUCCGACGGAUUUUCUCGCCUUCGAAGUUCCUGUUGCGGAUUCAGCUUAUGGAACUAGAUUUCAAUUUCUUUCACUCAUUGCUCAAUCGCCUGUUUGUUGUUGAAUAUACAGCGGGAAGCAUGUCUUGAUUGUUGCAUCUGUGAGACGCAGAUAGUCACAGGACAGAGUGAGUUGUUUCUCUUCUGCAAGAUAAAGCUUUCUACUGUGCUUUUGCUUCGUAUCCAUGGCUUCUUUGACGCUUCUUGAGCAGAGAUCAAUGGGCGAUCAUUCCAUGGAGAUGGCGAAUAACCCUAACCUUACUUGCCCCGAGUGCGGGAAGAUCUUCCCCUCGGAAAAGUCGAUGUACGGACACCUGAGGUCCCACCCGGAGCGAGACUACCGAGGAGUCAAUCGACAGGCUCCAGCGGCGAAGAAGAACCGAAAACCGCCGGCGAAAACGAGAAGAGAUCGUGCUGCGAACACUUGCGACUGCAACGACGACGACGACAUAGACCCUGAGGUCGUCGCCGCCUUGCUGCUUCUCUCCGACCCGGACCGGCUUCUGGAACCUCCAAGAUCCGGUUUUGAUGAUGGGAACGCGCACGAUUUGGACGGAUACCAGCCGGAAUCAACUCGCCGGAAGAUUGAUUCUUCCGGGAAUCGAAUCUACCGAUGCGAUACCUGUUUUAAGGUUUUCUCUUCUCACCAAGCGCUCGGAGGGCACGUGGCCAGCCACAACAAGAACAAGAUCGUCGCCGCUGCUUCGAUCCAUCCCGGUGAACCGGAGAAGGGAGCGGCGAUCUCAGAGCACAAGUGCAAGCUAUGCGGUAUGAUCUUCUCGAGCGGGCAGGCCCUCGGCGGCCACCAGAGGCGGCACUUCAAAGAACUGUGCCACCAUCGAGCAGCGUCUCCGUCCGCUCAGUCCAGCGGAGGCGACGAGAUCGCGAGCAAUCGAGUUUCUCCUUCGAGCCCGGAGACUGAGGAGGAGGAGGAGGAGGAGGGACCGACGAAGCGCCGUCUGCUGGACUUCGACCUCAACAUGGAGCCGUUCCUCGAGUGAGGAAGAAUCUUCCUUUUCAUUCUUUUGCGACGUUUUUUCAUAAUUGCAAUAAUCGCCGGUAGUUUUUAAACGCUUACAAACAAGUCCUCUAUUAUCCAAUUUGUUUUUUUCUUUUCUAGCAAACUCGCG